AUGGCGAUCCACCUCUCCGGUCCCGUCCCUUCUGCCACCCUCACUGCCCAGCCGGACACCACAUCUCUGAAAGACAACACUAUUCUGGUGACCGGCGGGGCCCAAGGACUCGGCAAAGAGAUCGCCAUAAAGUGCGCCGCAGCCGGUGCGCGCGUCACCAUCGCAGACAUCGACGUCACCAAAGGCAAGGAUCUGGCAUCCACUCUCGGCGAAAAUGUUCAAUUCAUCCACUGCGACGUGAGGCAGUGGUCCGACCAGGUCAGCGCCUUCAAGGCCGCCAUCCGCUUCGCGCCAAGCAGCGAGACCCCGCCCACCACCCUCGACCACGUCGUCAUCAACGCCGGCAUCAUGGACAAGCCCUUCUUCAUCGGCAACGACCCCGGAAUGACGAACCUGGACGAGGACCCGCCCGAGCCGGACACCAGGCCCAUCGACGUCAACACCAAGGGCGCCAUGUUCAGCCUGAAGCUGGCCCAGCUGUACAUGAGCUCCCCCUCCGCGCCAAAGGCCUCCCCGAGCAGCGUCGUGUUCAUCCUCAGCCCGCAGUCCUACGUCACGCUGCCGGGGAGCGUCAUCUACGGCGGGUCCAAGUUCGGUGCCCGGGGGCUGUUCCGGGCCUCGCGGGUGCCCUUUGCCAGCAAGAGCGUGCGCGUCAACGCGCUUGUGCCGUGGCUGAUGGAGACGGGUAUGAACGAAGGGCCCGACGGGGUCUCGGAGGUGCUGACGGGCCUCGGGGUGCAGUUCGUCUCGGUCGAGGCCCACGCGCGGAUGGUCAUGCGCUUGCUGGCGGACGAUGGUAUCGUGGGUCGGGCUGUGGCUUUGUUGCAGCCCGAGGGGGAGGCGAUCGCGGAUGUCGAGGAUGAUGACUCUGGUGGUGAUGGGAUUAGGAAGUAUUGGGAGUUGUUUCACGGAGGGUGGCCUGGAACGCGGGAAGCUCGUCAAAAGAUGUAUGGCAUGAUGGGCUUCCAGGAUGACAAGGACAGGUUCUGA